GAGGCGUGGCCUCCGCCGCGGCCGGGCGAGGCCGCGGCCGGCGGCGCCGCCGGGGGCGGCGCGGGCGCAGAGGGCGCCCGCCGGGCAGCCGAGAGGUGGCCGGGCGCAGUGGCAGCUCUGGAGCGGGGCCCGCCUGCGGCUGGCCACGAGCCGUCGGUGCCCCAGUGGGCGGCCGCGCUGUCGGCCGCCGUGGGGCCCCCGCCACCGGAGGCCUUCGCGGCCUCCCGCGGCGGCCUCGGCGGGCCCCCCGGCGGCGGCGCGGCCGCGGAGAGCUGCGAGGACCACGUGGCUCGGCUGGAGCGGCGGCUGGCCAGCCUCCGCGCGGUGCUCGGGCGGACCUCCAGGAUCGGCGCGGCCGACUUUGCGGCGCCCGCCGCUGCCAGCGCGCAGGGGCGCGGGCCGGGCCGCAGUUGGCCGUGGCCGAGCGCGGAGGGCUGGGCUCCGCUGGCCGCCGCGGGCCGCGGGGCCUCUCAGAGCGAGAGGGCGCUGCACGCCAGACAUAGCCAGACCCCAUCGGUCGAAGGGAGCCGGCUGCCGCCGGAGCCGUUGGCCGGCCGCGGCGGCGGCGAGGGCGUCGAGUGGCGAGCAGUUGCGCUGGCCUCCGAGGAGGAGGAGGAGGACGAGCCCUUCUUGGCCCGCUCCUCGGGGGACGAGAGCACCACCUCCUCGGAGCACGGUCGGGCCGUGGCGAACUGA